AUGGCCUUCAAACAAACCACACUCCAUUUCGGGCCCAAACGCGCGCCGGGCGGUUCCCUCUCCCCACCAUCACCCAAAAGACAGCGAUUCCAACCCGAACCCGACCACAAUGACUUGACGAGACAUGGCGACACUGACGAUGACCAUCACGAAGCUAGCUCCGGCUCUCAAGCAGAGAAAGAUGCAGAGAAAGAUGCUGAGUCUUCCAAUAACCCCCCACAAACGUCAGUAGCAGACAAAGUGAACGACAUGAUGAGAAAGUACACGUCGGGCAUACCAAAGGAACUUUCCGGCGCCAAAAAGUACUACGUGGUGGAUCUCCUGCGUAACAAGUUGACAGAAAAGCUCGAGGCAGAAGAGCCAAGGCCUGUACCUCAACCGCAACCUUGUACUGCAUCGCAAAUCACAUAUGAGAGCACACCUCGGUAUACUCCUCCCACGCCUAACAGCCGUAUACCUGGCAGUGCUGCGCCUAGCGAUGCUGCAGCCAUAGCUGCUGAUGCGGGCGAGCCCCAAGCCCAGAGCUUCGACCCAGCACCAGACCCUUGCGAGCCUACUCUUUGCCAGGAACAACAAGCCGCCAUGGAUCUUGCCAUGGCUGGACAUAACCUUUUCAUCACUGGAUCAGGCGGAUGCGGCAAGUCUGUCCUCGUAAAGGCCUUGCACAAGAUGUUCAAAGCGAAGGAACGAAAAUUCCACCUAAUCGCACCUACCGGCAUCGCUUCUGUCAACAUCGGUGGUAAAACGACGUGGAAUUACGCGGGCUGGACACCGGAUGAUUUCUCAAAGCCAUUCGUUGGUACCCAUGUUCUUAUCAUCGACGAAAUCAGCAUGGUCGAGAAUCAGUUCUUUCAACGACUUGGUCAGGUCAUGGGACGUAUUCGACGCAAAGCAGCCCCGAAUAACCCCCAGAGUCAGAUGGAGGUUCGGGGCGCUUUUGGCGGCGUCCAGGUCAUCGCUGUUGGGGAUUUCUGUCAGCUGCCUCCGGUAGAGCCAUUCAAGCAUUGUCAUGAAUGUGGCUCGGAAAUGCAACAGGAAAAGGUCGGGAACUCAGUCCGUUCAUAUUUCUGCCCUCAAGGAGUCAGCGAUGAAGGGCCGCAGCAGAAUACCCAUGGGUAUUUCAUGGAGCACGACAAAUGGGCCUUCAAGUCUUCUGAGUGGGUGAGGUGCAACUUCAAGUACGUCCACCUGAAGAAGGUUCAUCGACAAACAGACGAGGACUUUGUCAGGAUUCUUCAGACAUGCCGGUUAGGCGAAGUUCUCAGCCAGAGAGAUAUCGACCUACUGCUAAAUCAUCCUGCCCAGGUUGAGAACGCAACUCGUUUGUUCAGUCAUAGACUGCAAGCUCAAGAGCAUAACGAAUCUCAGCUCAAACAGCUCCAGAGCCCGUCCCGAAAAUAUUGGUGUCUCGAUUAUGCCAAUACAAAUAAUAGCACAGAUGAAGAACUUGAUCGUCUGAUCGAUUACUACACGGCAAGUGCUGGCUACCUCAUCCGUCGAGCUAAGCGAGAUUCGGACCCUAAAGCACCUCCUUCGCGGCAACCGUUGUCCCGCUUGGGCGACCAUCGCUAUGCCCAAUUUCUAGAGUUGAAGCUCAAUAUGCCCGUCAUCUUGCUUGCAAACAUUGAUCUAGACAGCGGCCUGUGUAACGGCAGUCAGGGCAAAAUCUGCGGCUUUGUCUCGCGCUCCAAGAUUGAACGUCCCACGGAACCUAAGCGGAAAAAAUACAAGAAGGAUUUGUCAGCUUUCGAUGCUGCUAUGGAACGUUUUCGUCUGACGGAAAUGUUCUCAACGGACGAAGGCGCGCCUGAAUUAUAUCCCGAGGUCGAAUUCAACAACGGCCAACGCCGCGUCAUUGGCCCGGAUUGCGCAGUAAACGAACUCGGCACCAAACACCCGCACAUGCUCGUAUCUCGGACACAGCUACCUCUCGCUCCAGGCUGGGCCAUGACCAUCCAUAAGAGCCAGAGUCUGUCUCUUGACCGCUUAAUCAUUGACCUGGGCUCUGUCUUUGAAAAGGGCCAAGCAUACGUAGCGCUCAGCCGUGCCCGAUCUCUCCAAGGUCUGCAAAUAGAAGGCACCGAUGAAUACAUGCUUCAGUCGGGCUUGGAACUGGAUUCCGAAGUGAGGAGGUUUCUGGAAGAGCUUGAGAGGAGCGCUGAGGGAAAUUGA